CCCAUACAAACGGCCACACGUAUUACGUAACUUACAACCACCCCAACUUCCCUCCCGCCAAAAUGAACGGCGAUCACAAAAUUGAUUCAACCUCCGAUGACCCUAAAACACCACUCUUACCUGUCGUCCAACUCCAAGAGACAAUUCAGAGGUCACCGAGCUUCCACCACCGGUGUCCGGAAUCAAUAUUCACAGCCAAUAACCUGUUCAUACUCUUGGGUCCCUUAUCAUGCGCUCUCAUCUGCACAUUUGUCCACCUGAAUGCUCCCAACACCAGCCGGAACAUGUUAGCUAUUCUGGCCUGGGUUUUCAUAUGGUGGCUCACCGAGGCCGUACCCAUGCCCGUCACAUCCAUGGCCCCUCUCUUUCUCUUUCCACUCUUUGGGAUUUCUUCUGCUGAUGCUGUAGUUCAAUCUUACAUGGAUGAUGUCAUCGCUCUCGUCCUCGGCAGCUUCAUACUCGCUCUUGCCGUCGAACACUACAACAUACAUGGGAGAUUGGCCCUGAAUAUAACCUUGUUGUUCUGCGGGGAUCCACUGAAUCCACCACUGCUGCUGCUAGGGAUCUGUGCCACCACAGCAUUCGUCAGUAUGUGGAUGCACAACGUGGCGGCAGCGCUGAUGAUGAUGCCGGUGGCGACCGGAAUCUUACAGCGAUUCCCGGUGGGUCUGGGCCGUUCGGAUGUCAUCAGCAGGUUUUGCAGAGCAGUAGUUUUGGGGGUAAUCUAUUCGGCAGCUAUAGGAGGGAUGAGUACUCUGACAGGAACAGGUGCCAAUCUUAUAUUGGUGGGGAUGUGGAAGAGCUACUUUCCGGAGGCAAAUCCCAUUAGUUUUAACACUUGGUUCUUCUUUGCUUUCCCUUUGGCUUUGCUGAUUUUCCUUGCAUUGUGGGGAAUACUUUGCCUGCUUUACUGUUCUAAGGAUUCAGGAAUUGCUCUUUCUGCCUAUCUGGACAGAGCCCAUUUGAAAAGGGAGCUUGAAUUGCUUGGUCCAAUGGCUUUUGCAGAAAAGAUGGUGUUGGCAGUGUUCUCGAUACUCGUAGCUUUGUGGAUGACAAGAAGCAUAACGGAUGAUAUUCCGGGAUGGGGUGUCCUCUUUCAGGGGCGUGUAGGCGAUGGAACAGUUAGUGUGAUGGUGGCGACAAUAUUGUUCAUAAUCCCUAAUAAGAAGCAGAAGGGAGAGAAGUUGAUGGACUGGAGCAAAUGCAAGAAGCUUCCAUGGAACAUCAUAUUGCUACUCGGAGCUGGUUUCGCCAUAGCCAAUGGUGUUAGGACAAGCGGCCUGGCCGACGUGCUAUCUGCUGGCUUAGAUUUCUUGGAGCAUGCCCCAUAUCUUGCCAUCGCCCCGGCCGUCCGUAUCAUAAGCGGGAUCAUCACUGAGUUCACAUCGAACAAUGCAACCACCACACUCCUCCUCCCACUACUCAUCCAGUUGGCCGACACCAUGCAUGUACACCCUCUCCUCCUCAUGGUUCCUGGAGCCAUUGGCGCCCAAUUCGCGUUUUUGCUCCCAACCAGCACACCUUCAAACAUUGUAGGAUUUACUACUGGGCACAUCGAUAUCACAGACAUGAUCAAGACAGGGUUGCCUCUUAAGAUUGCCGGAAUUGGUGCUAUCUCCCUUGUAAUGCCUACGCUAGGAGCAUAUGUAUUUGGGACAAAUAAUGAUCAAUAACUACAGGUGGCAAAGUUGGUGCAAGAAUUAUGUGCAACUUCAUCCCGGAUCAGUAGCCAUGUCUCUGGACGAGGAUAAGCAGUUUUUUCGUACCCCCCAAGAGAACAAGUCCAUAGUGUACCACUGUAUUGUAUGCACAUAGUUUUAAAAGAAUACUAACUGCUUUCCAUGCCGAAGGAUCACUGGUGAAUCAGAUGAUUAAUCACCAGUAAGAUCCGACAGAAUUCACUUAAGCCCAUAUGUAGAUAUGUCAUUUUAUACAAAGAAGAUCAAAGCUGUUUGACUAGGAAUGA